AUGGCCGACGAUGGCAUGCUCCUCAACUUCGAGAUCAGCGACGCGCCGCUAAAAAGCCAAGUCAAAUUCAAAGGCGGGCGCUGGCGUGACCGGGUCAAGGCGCAACGCGACGCCAAACAAGUCCACGACGACAACAACAACCCCUCGUCAACAUCCACCCCCCCAAGACGCCGACAUGCCACUGGCGGCGACUACGACGACCGCCGCCCCUCCAAAAGGCCGAGGACUGACGACAAUGACGGCGAACCGCACCGUUUCGCCAAGAUCCCGCGCGGCGCAGAGAUCGGCCCCAAGGCGUCUGCCCACGCGAUGAGGUCGGGCUAUGCCUCGUCCGGACUGUUCACGUCGAAUCCCAACGCCGUGACCGAUUUUGAGCAGCAACCACAACCGGUAGAAGAGACCGAGCCGGCGAAACCGUCCAAUGCGCCGCUGUCGGAGGAGGCUGAAAACUUCCACUCCCUGGGUAUCUCCCGACGGGUCGCCCAGCACCUGGCGACCAAGCUCGAGAUGAAAGCGCCGACGGCGAUCCAGAAGAGCACUGUGCCGCAGUUGAUCCGGGGGGACAGCGAUGCGUUUUUGCAGGCUGAGACCGGUUCGGGCAAGACGCUGGCGUAUUUGUUGCCUAUCGUUCACCGGAUCAUGGCGUUGAGUUUGAACGAGGACGGGACGCCCAAGAAGGACACCAAGGUACAUCGGAACUCGGGCUUGUUCGCCAUCAUCCUGGCACCGACGCGCGAGCUGUGCAAGCAGAUUGCCGUUGUAUUGGAGAAAGUACUGCGGUGCGCGCCGUGGCUGGUGUGUACCACAGUUAUUGGUGGAGAGAGCAAGAAGUCGGAAAAGGCGAGGAUACGGAAGGGCGUCAACAUCCUGAUUGCGACGCCCGGUCGGUUGGCGGACCAUCUCGACAACACCAAGGUGUUAAAUGUGGGCACCGUGCGGUGGCUGGUUCUGGACGAAGGCGACCGUAUGAUGGAGAUGGGCUUCGAGGACGACAUCAAGACGAUCGUGGGCAAGAUCCGGGCGGACAAGCUGGAGAAGGAGAACGCGGAAGGGGUGGUGCUGGAUGGUGUGCUUCCGUCACGGCGCGUCACCGUGCUCUGCUCGGCUACGAUGAAGAUGAACGUGCAGAAGCUGGGCGAGAUCAGUCUGCAGGAUGCCAUCCACAUUGUGGCCCACCGGUCGGAGCAGGACAAGGCUGCUGAGGCCGGGAACGAGGCCGCGUUUGCCGCGCCGUCGCAGCUGAAGCAGUCGUGUAUUGUUGCGCCGGCCAAGCUGCGUCUCGUGACGCUGAUUGCGCUGCUCAAGUCGACGUUUGCGAGGAAGGGAUCCGUCAUGAAGGCGAUUGUCUUUAUAUCCUGCGCCGACUCGGUCGACUUUCACUACGAACUGCUCAAAGACACAAACCGUCCCGAGCCACCCACACCCACACCCACACCAACUUCCGACUCAACCUCCGACUCGACACCCCCCAAACCCGACCGCAACCCCCACACCGACACCACCGUAUCCCCAGCAGCAUACAUCACCUCCCCGGCCAACCCCAAAGUCAUCCUCCACAAACUCCACGGCUCACUCGCCCAACCCGUCCGCUCCGCCACGCUCCACGCCUACACCACCUGCAAAGACCCGGCCGUGCUCAUCACCACCGACAUCUCCUCGCGCGGCCUCGACGUGCCCGCCGUCGAUUUGGUUAUUGAAUACGACCCGGCCUUUGCCGUGCCCGACCACGUGCACCGCAUCGGCCGUACCGCGCGCGCUGGCCGGCCGGGUAAAGCCAUCUUGUUCCUCCUACCGGGCUGCGAAGAAGGGUACACCAAGAUCCUCCCAGCCUCAACCCCCGUCCUCCCACAGCUCUACGAAUCCACCCUCCAAAAGGGCUUCCUCUCCGACAUCAACCUCCCUUCCACCACUCCCAACCCUACCUCCCCAACCGACCCCAACCCCCCCGAUGAAAAAAAACAAACCUGGACCUCCCGCGCCGAAUCCCUCCAACUCCACCUCGAACAACGCCUCCUCACCCCUCCGACUCCCACUUCCACUUCCACUCCCGCCCCCGCCAACAAACCCAAAUGGAAACCCUCCAAACCCUCCAAACCAUCCAAACCCCCCGCAGAAACAAACCCCCUCCUCCUCACAGCGCGCCAAGCCUUCCGCUCCCACAUCCGCGCCUACGCCACCCACGUCCGAGACGAACGCGUCUACUUUGAUAUUACUCAGUUACAUCUCGGACACUUGGCGAAAUCUUUUGGGUUGAGGGAGACGCCGGGGGGGAUUGGUGGGGGGGUUGUUACUAGACGGACUAACACAUCGACGCAUAAGACCAGUGGUGGUGCUGUGGGGGCUGGGGCAGGGGGUAUGGGUGUGGGUAAGGGUAAAGGGGGGAAUAGGGGUGGGGAUGAUGGGGAUGAGACGGCGGGG